UCCGUGCAGGAAGACUCAGCAUGCUCCACACCGUGCUUUCCCGGCUUGUUCCCCGCAUGCCCCGGCCCUCAGUCUGUUAUUAUGGGACCGCUGUUCCUGUUCCGAGCACUCAGCCUGAGGUCCAUUAUCACAAGCUGUUUAUUAACAACGAAUGGCAGGAUGCUGUGAGUGGAAAAACCUUUUCUACAAUCAAUCCAUCUACUGGAGAAGUUAUCUGUCAAGUUGCAGAGGCUGAUAAGGCAGAUGUAGACAAGGCAGUGAAGGCAGCACAAAAUGCCUUUAGACUGGGUUCACCUUGGCGCCGCAUGGAUGCAUCUGAUCGGGGCCUGCUCCUUUACAAAUUAGCUGAUGCUGUUGAAAAAGAUUCUGCCUACCUCGCUGAACUGGAGACUUUGGACAAUGGGAAGCCGUAUGUUGUCGCUUAUAAGGCUGAUUUACCCUUGGUUGUGAAAUGUCUCAGGUACUAUGCAGGUUGGGCGGACAAGUGGGAAGGAAAGACCAUCCCUGUUGAUGGAGAUUACUUCACCUAUACCAGACAUGAACCUGUUGGAGUCUGUGGACAGAUCAUACCUUGGAACUUCCCUCUGGUAAUGCAGGCCUGGAAACUUGGGCCGGCCUUGGCGACUGGUAAUACUGUGGUGAUGAAAGUUGCUGAGCAAACACCACUCACAGCACUCUAUGUGGCCAGUCUUAUUAAAGAGGUAGGUUUUCCUGAAGGCGUGGUGAAUAUCUUGCCUGGAAUGGGACCAACAGCUGGUGCAGCCAUUGCAAAGCACAUGGAUGUUGACAAAGUGGCCUUUACUGGAUCCACAGAGCUCUCCAUUUUCUGUCAGGUGGGUCACCUGAUCCAACAGGCUGCAGGCAGUAGUAACCUGAAGAAAGUUACAUUGGAAUUGGGAGGGAAGAGUCCAAACAUCGUUUUGUCUGAUGCCAAUUUGGAAAAUGCUGUGGAGCAGUCCCACAUGGGCCUUUUUUUCAAUCAAGGCCAGUGUUGCUGUGCUGGCUCGCGACUCUUCGUCCAGGCAGAUGUCUACGAUGAGUUUGUGGAGCGCAGUGUGGAACGUGCUAAAAGAAGAGUUGUGGGAGACCCGUUUGACUUUAACACUGAGCAGGGCCCUCAGGUGGAUCAGGAGCAGUUCAACAAGAUCCUUGGCUACAUCAGUAGUGGGAAGAGAGAAGGUGCCAAGCUGAUGUGUGGAGGGGGAGUGGCUGCAGACAGAGGCUACUUCAUACAGCCUACAGUGUUUGGAGAUGUCCAGGACAACAUGACCAUUGCCAAGGAGGAGAUCUUCGGUCCAGUGAUGCAGAUCUUUAAGUUUAAAACGCUGGAGGAGGUUAUAACCAGAGCCAAUGACACUAAAUAUGGACUGGCAGCUUCGGUUUUCACAAAUAACAUUGACAAAGCCAACUAUGUGUCCAGUGGUCUCAGGGCUGGCACAGUCUGGAUAAACUGUUACAAUGUGUUUGGAACCCAGGCUCCAUUUGGAGGCUACAAGGCCUCAGGUAAUGGCAGAGAGUUGGGCGAGUAUGGACUGGAAGCCUACACAGAAAUUAAAACGGUGACAAUCAAGGUGCCACAGAAGAAUUCCUAGAUAUAUUUACUGAAGCCUGAGAUGUGCUGAGAGGACAUGUUCAACUGUGAUUUCUUUUUGAUUAGCUUUCUAAUAUAUGCCUGCACAGAACAUCCUUGAAGUGAAAUAAAAUCUGUACCAUUAAUUGUUUUUUUUCUUUUUUCUAGCAGAAAUGUAAAUCAUAUUGCCAAGCUUUGCAGUGACUGUCAAAAGCUUGAUUGUUAAAAAAGUGAAUUUGCAGUUUUUGGUAAUAUUUCAUAAUAAAAUAAUUUGAGAUUC